AUGGCGACACGAUCACUGAGACCACCGAGUAUCGAUGAGAAGGCCCUCGCUGCGUCCGAAGUAUUUGGAUCAGCGACGAAUAUCAAUGACGAUGGGGCUCUGUAUAGGGACAGUGGCAAUGGAGAUGAGGAAGAUGUGUACAACGCUGAGCAGGAUCCGGAUGCCGACGACUCUGAUGAUGAAGAAGCCGCCGAUGAUGAUUAG